AUUAGAGAAUAUUAUAGUUUAUAUUAGAAACGUAUGCGUAUUUAUCUUUAAAAAAAAACUAUUUUAUUAAUACUAAAAAUAAUGUUGUUAAUAAAUAAAUUACAGUUAGCUGCCUCACUUUUUAAAACUAAUUUAACUAUAAAAGUUAUAUCAGUGAAUUUUAUUCAUUCUACAUUUGCAAAAUAUGACAAAAUAGAAGAUAUUGAAAAUGAUACAGAUUUAUCAAUUCCUCUUUCAAAAGAUAGAAGUAAAAUAAUUCCUGUAGAUAUUAGUAUAAAAUAUCUUAAAAGUAGUGCUUAUAAACAAACUUACGGAAACGAACCUAUUUGGAAAUAUUAUAAACGAAAUUUUAAAGGUCAUAUUCCUCCAAUAAAAACACGAAAGACUUGUAUUAGAAGUGGUAUAAUUGCUACUGGUAGUCCAUGUCCAAUAUGCAGAGAUGAAUAUUUAGUUCUUGAUUAUCGUAAUGUUGAUUUAUUAAAACAAUUUAUUUCUAAAGAUACUGGAGAAAUUUUAAAUUAUGAUUAUACUUCUCUUUGUCAAAAGGCUUAUAAAGAUCUACUUGUUGCAAUAAUGAAAUCAAGAGAAUAUGGUUUAUUUCCAUAUCAUGUUCCUUUUAGAUAUUAUGAUUAUUCAGAAUGGAAAAAUUAAUGGAUUAUUUUUAAUUUUUUAAUUUA